AUGAACCUAACAGAUACUCAGAACUUUAUGCAGAUCCACAUCUGGCUAUAUGAUAUUCACCUUAAAUUAUUCUCAGAUUACUUGUACUUUAAAAGGGAGGACAUAUCUUCACUAGUGUUAAUUGGAUGUGUUUUGGUAGCAGUGGUGAAUCUCACCACUGUUCCCAUAUUGGUGCCAAUAUUGGUGAACCAUUUCUGGAUUGUACAAUUAUCAUUAGUGUGUUUAGUCUGGUUGUUCAUUAUCGGGAUGCAUCCACACUUGAGGAGCAAGCUUCUCAAGUGGAUAUACAAUGAAGAGGUAAGGGCAGCACUGCAGAGUACUCUUAAGAGGGUGGAGGAUACAUUGGUAUCCCUUUUGGUCGAGGAAGCAGUGGUACCCGCUGCUUCUCUUGUUGAGAUUUAUGAGUUGCAAAAAUGGGACCCAGCACUAAAAGUGUGGGUGCCUCUAGGGUUUUCUGAUGAUUUCUUUACUACAAACACAGUAUCACGCAAAUGUCAGAAACUUCAUAAAUGCGACUCUUUAAAAGAGAUCAAGCCGCCACUUGGGUACAUCUAUGUGCAACCGCAGUGGGUGCUAGACAUCCAAGUACAGUGGAUUGAAGAGAAUCUUUUGCAGGAUGUGGUGAUAGCUGAUGAGAAUGAGAAAUGGGUAUAUGAUAUAGGGGAUACUCCAACUAUUACUCAAACCCGGUUCAUAUCAACAGAAAUAAGAGAUGCAAUAACCCAAGCUAUAAAUGCCUCGCCUGUAGUUCUUUUCAUGAAAGGAACACCCGAGUUUCCUCAAUGUGGGUUUUCAAGAGCAACUAUUCAAACCUUGGGCCAACAAGGAGUUGAUCCUUCAAAAUUCGCUGCUUAUAAUGUGUUGGAGGAUCCUGAGUUGAGAGAUGGGAUAAAGGAAUAUAGUUCAUGGCCUACUAUUCCUCAACUUUAUGUUAACGGUGAAUUUGUUGGUGGAUGUGACAUUGUUUUGAGUAUGGCUCAAAGCGGUGAGUUGGCGGAGUUUUUGGAGAAAGAGGGUGCAUUGAUUCCGGCUGAGGAUGAAGGGAAUCAAGUGGAAAGUGCUGAUGUAAAACCAAACAGAGAAUAA